AUGAAGAACAACUGGGAUAUAUCGACUCAGACACUAAGGAAGAAAGGAUUUUUUUAUCCUAAUGGAAAGAAAGUGGAGCUUCCCCCAGGUAAAAAAUAUCAUCUAUUUAUUUCAUGUUCCUCAAAAGAUAUCCAAAAAGUAAAUAAAAUAUGCGAAGAGUUGGAGAAGAGAUUCUUCUUCAGAUGCAUGCAGUUUGACAGAGAUUUCGUGCCCGGAAAACCUUUGGAUGACAAUAUCAAAACUGAAAUGGGAAAAAGCGUAAAAGUUUUAAUUGUGAUGAGCCCUGCUUUUAUUGACUGGUGUAUGUCAGAGGCCCAUGAAGCUAUUGACUCUCUUAAGAUUAUACCUCUUCUACUGCACCCAAUUGAGGAUGAAAAAUUUCCAAUCUUUCUGAAGAGGUACAGAUAUAUAGAUGCACAGAAGGAAGAAGAUGUACCUGCAAAGAUAAUGGACGCAUAUUAUCAUUCAGAGGCUGUGAAAAGAAUUGUAAAGCAAGGUGAACAAGAAUUAACGGCGGAGGAAAUCAAGAAUCAAAACGGAGCACGUCUGAUGUCGAAGACAUUUAUACAACAAAAACCAUAUCGUAAAAAAGGCUAUGUUUUUGAAACUGGUAAUCUCACUAACAGAGAGCGAGAAUACUUGAAAAGCAUUCAUGAGAAGUGUGAACAACAAUUUGAGGCGGCUGCAACAUUGGUGUCAAGCCAGUGUCUUCUGAAGUUCUACAAGAUCUUUGCUUUAACUAAAUUAACUCACGCUGCAGCCGUACUCCUAGGUGCUAUCGCUGUGUCCUCUACAAUGACGCUUCAAUACAUGGCUGUACUAGUCAGUAGAGAUAACAGAAACAUGUCCAAAGCAACGUUCCCCUUCGCACUUUUUCUUGGAUUUGCCCUAUACAUUUUUUUUGUCCUUGGAACAAUCGUCUCACGAAGAAAGAUGAAAGCCAACGUACAAAACAAAUUAUGGCAUUUUGUGAACAAAAAGUAUUUUCGGGAAACAAAAUGUUUGAUUGUGUAUGAAGAUUCCAGUGUUCAUCAGCCAUCAUUGAUGUUAAUUCGCUACAAUACAGCGCCAUGCCAGGAAUAUGUGAAUAUUCUUCUUAACAAAAAAGAAUUCCAUUUGGAUCAGGACGAACUUAAGAAUGUGGCUGCGGCGAAAAUUGAAGAAAAAUUGGAACAGUUGCAGUGCUUAGGACUUUUGGCGGAAUGGUUCCAGCUAGGUGUAUACGAUUAUAACCGCCAUAAUACCUGGCUUAGAAAGCAAUGUCUCUGUCAAUUAUUGGAGGGAAAUCUCAUUCAAAGGAAAGUGAUUACAGUGUGAAACAACAUCUUUUGAUCAUGUUGGAUACGUUGACCUGACAUUUGACAUAUGUUUCUCGACUUUCA